GUUCCGGAAAACAAAAAUGCCAAAAAAAAGGCCCAAACGACGAGGCCGGCGCCCCUUUCACUCCCCUCCUUGUGUUUCCCUCGAGCCGUGGGGAAGUCCACGUUCGUGAGGCUCCUCGGAAGGACGUUCCCGGAGUGGCACCUGGUGACGGAGCCCGUGACGCAGUGGCAGAAGGUCCAGGCUGCGGGAGAGGCUCCCUCUCCUCAGGGCGUUGGCAACCUGCUCCAGCUGCUCUACCAGGAGCCGUCCCGAUGGUCCUACACAUUCCAGACCUAUUCCUGCAUGAGCCGCCUCAAGGCGCAGCUGGAGCCGCUCGCGGAGCGGCUGCUCCGGAGCCCGGAGCCCGUGCAGAUCUUUGAGAGAUCCGUGUACAGCGACAGGUACGUGUUUGCCAAGAACCUCUUUGAGGCCGGACACCUGGGAGCCCUGGAAUGGGCCAUCUACCAGGACUGGCACACGUUCCUGCUGCGGGAGCUGGCGGAGCGCGCGGCGCUGCACGGAUUCCUCUACCUGCGCGCCGCUCCGGAGAGCGGCAUCGACAGCUCUGGGAUCUGGGAAAAAGCUCGGCAAACCUCCCGGAAUGGGCAUCCGAGCCGGGAAAACCCAAAGGAGAGGCCGGAGCGGCGCGGGGAACCGCCCGGCUCCCGCCCGCGCCGCCGCCUCCGACGUGUCGGCACUUGCCGGCAGCAGCAGGAGGAGGAGGAGGAGGAGGAGGAAGAGGCCGGCUCCACGUUCCCCUCUGCUCCGUGCCGGAGUCGGAGGAGCCGGAGGAGCGCGGAGCAGCCCGCGGUGCUCCCAGAACGGAGCGACGCGCCGGGCUCGGAGCGCGGCCCCGGCCCUUUGCUCCCUGCCAUUUGCAAUGCAAAAUCCCUCCUCGUGCCCAAGGGAAGGGUGGGAAUCGCCCCGGCGGGCGCCGCGCUGCUCCCGAAACCGGCUCUGCCGGAGCGCCCCGCGGAGCCGGCCCGGGAGCUGGGGGGCCGCCGGGCUCCGGCCAAGGAAAAGCCGCUCCGAGAAGCCAAAACAGCCGGAUUUUGA